AUCGAUUCUCUUUCUCCUUUCUUUUCUCAAAAAAUCGCCUGCCAAUCGUAGGCCGGUUUUCGUCGGAUGUUGCUGCUGUCAGCACUUGAUCAAGUUGAUCUGCUCACUUGAGCAACUUGAAAAGCUGAACUUGCCUCCUGCAGCACACUUGCUGGACAUGAGCACUUGAUCAACUCUUCGUCAGCAACCUUUGUGGCCUUGCUAUUACCUGCACCGUCAGUUUUGCUUCCACUGUGAUGUCUUUUUCGCGGCCUCUCCUCCUUCCCGGUGACAGCCUCUCCCCCUGUGACGGAUUCUACUUUAGAAGCCGUCAACAAGCUGUCUCCGGAACCUUUGGGCUCUGUUCCAACUUCAUCCGCCUCAUUCUCUUCCGCCGCCCUCGACCUCGAUCUGGGGUGGUCUCGUUCAGUCGGAUACUUCCUCUCCCCCUCGGCCGGACAGACCCCUCGUUCAUUGUCCGAGGUCCGUCGCGACUCACCGUUCCUGUUCGCCGUUCGCUGCUGUCUUGCCUUCUUCGGCAGAGACCUCUUCACCCGGCUCCAAACCGCUGGUCUGCUUCUCCUCUGUUUGUCCGGUCGGAGACUUCAUCUCCCCCUCGGCCGGACAGACCGAGAACUCCUCUCUUCCGGUCGCCCACCAGCUCCACUUUCUCGCAAAAUGCCCAUUUGAUUUCUCUCAGACCUUUCAACAAACAGCUUACGCGCAAGAGUUUCUUUCUGAAAACCUCACACAGAUGCUCUCUUCCCUUUCCCCCCAAUUCGACCUCAGAUUGGCUGCAACCACUGAAAAACUUUCUCCUUCGAAUCCCUAAAAUCAUCCCUCACCCAAUUAACGCCCCUCGACAUAUGCAAAUGGUGUUUCGCGCUCUCCGCCGCGAUCGCAGCGUCGAAAUGGGCGGCGAAUCUGUUCUUCAGCCCCUUUUUCUGGAUGUACUUGAGCUGGACGUGGGUAUUCUGGCCGUGGGCGGCGGCAAUUGCGAUCGGCGCGUAUGGCCUCUACAUCCUAGGCAGGCACUUGAAGGGUGAGGCCACGUUGGCCGAGCAGCUCGCCAUCGUGACAUCGAUGCUAACAUGGCUGAAGCUGGUGCCGCCGGCGCAUUUCAACGGUGGCGGCGUGCGCUGCGGGCUGAGGGAGGCCGACCGACACCUCGAGGUCAUAGUCAAAUCAAGAUCGGACCGCUGUAGCUUCGACCGUUUCUUCUCGUUCGGCGGUAGACGCGCCGGUUCUACCCGCUGCAUUUGCGGUGCCGGAAGCCCGGUCGCGGUGGUCGCCGAUCCUGGAGACUUCUCUGCCUCCUUGAUUUCCUCUGUUCCGUUUUGCCAUCUUUCGUUUCAUCUCCUCCUGUGGAUCCGAGUCGCCCUCGAGAUGGAUCUGGGAGGAGGUUGUCUUCUCUCUCAUGGCGGUCGGGUCAAGCUCCAUCCGUCGCAUUCGCCACCAGAGUACUUCUUCGCCCGAUGGAUCAAUUUUCGUUUUUGAUCAAAUUAGAGGGAUCUCUUCUGGUCCAUCUGCAGCAAGACGAAACUCAAGCCAGGUUUUGGAAGUCCCUGC